AUGAUGGGGACGAUGUUUCCUUCGGAAGAAAAGUACGGACCGCGAUUGAGCAUGUGCCUUUGCCAUUGCUCUUCGGAGGAUGCAGAUCGCCCGGCGCGUGCUUUGCGUCUUCACACCCGCAGCGCUAUUGGGUGGCAGUCUGACAAGGGAUGCGUCUACCCGCAAGAGCUUGGAUUUGCGUUUGAAGGUGAAGUAGAACUGAAUUUUAUUCGAGUACUCUCUCAUGAGAGCAAGAUUGCAUCGCGUAUUGAAGUUUUUGUCGCUGAACCCACCGAAAAGGAAAUUCAAACAGGAAUUGUAAAAUCCUAUCGUCUAAGCGACUUUCGACGUUUGGGAUAUGUUUGUUUUGCUUCCAAUGCAGAUAACGUCUUUGGGGCUCGAGAACUGAAGACGAUAAAUAUUCGGCAAAGAUGCGUUUAUGUCAAACUUCUGAUUUCAAGGCCAUAUCACAGUGAGUACAAUCUCUUUCACCAAGUAGGCAUUGUCGCGUUGACAAGUCACGGUACAAUUCUGCGCACGUAUCAGGCUCCCCCGACACAGGGAAUAUGUCUCGUGGGAGAGACGGUGGAAGUUCCUUUGGAUGAAAUGCUUCCACCGCGUCUGGAGGAUUCUGGGACGCCGCAGGCAGCGGAUGAUAAUGGCCGUCAAAUCGACAGGGCGACAACUCGCCGGAUAGGGGAAAUUGUACUGUUGAAGGAAAAAGCAGUGGCAGCGGAGGACUAUGAUUUGGCGAGUGCGCUAAAGACAUGUUUGUUGAAUUUAGAGGGCGUGGGAAAGGAAAUCUAUGCUUUAGAAAGACAAAAGGCAGAUGCAGUAGAAAAAGAGGAUUACGUUACUGCAAAGAUGUUAAAACGUCAAAUUGAUAGCCUAAGGGAGGCAGCGUACAAAAUUCCCACCACAGUUCCAGAAGUAGUUGAAAGCGGUAAGGAGUCCAAAAGAUUAGAAGAGCCGCUAACGAAAAAGGAACCGGUAGUGACGAGAGACUCAACACCAGUGGAACUCCAGGAGAGAUAUCUUAUGCCCUCAGUUAUCCCUGUGAAUGCUCCUCCUUCUGCAUCUUUUGAUGAAAUGCCUGUUGGUGGCCGGGGGUUCUACGCGAUAGGCAACGUGGAAAACCCAAUGGAGGGCGGAGCAGGAAACAGUGGUAUUAGUGUUGGAAGGGAGGUUAGUAGCCAAUUGGCUUCUGCGCUCACUCGAGGGAAAGAGGAAUGGGAAGAGUCAAUUAACCACGUCAUUCUUGGGCUCUCUGGAGGCGAGGCUGAGGCUUCAAUAUUACAAGGAGACGCACUUGCAGAGGCGACAGACAGUGAAAAGGUGUUUGGAACAUACUGUUGUGCUUGCUUGUUUGGGAAAAAAGGACCACUUCGUGAGGCUGCCAUUCGCGCUAUCAUAUCGCCCAGGGGCUUUGCCGCCCUCUCCACACAUUCACACACUGUAAUUGAAACGCUCUUGUGCUAUAUGGCGCUUCCUUCCCGUGGGUUGAGUGAUUCCGUGCCAGGGGUAGUACUUGCGUGUUGUGAGGCGCUUCAAACCAUAAUAAAGGGCAAUACUGAAGGCAUGCCUCCCGUGUCUGAUCUAAUCUCCUAUGUAAAACCCCUUUUUCCGGAGCUGGUGCUGCGUUCAGGCGACAACAACAACCGAAUUAGAGAGAUGGCUGAAGCUGUUCUUGUGUCGCUCGCAGAGGUGGCGCUUGAACCUGUGGUUUCGGCACUUGUCAUAGAUCUAGGCAAGAACAAAAAGCGUCCCACCUCAGCCAAGGCUCAGAUUUCCCGCAUGGACAUGCUUAAUUCACUUUUAGACCGUUACGGCAUUAACGGAGACAAAUCGGUGAGUCUUGAACCAGGCACUGUUAUAACAAAGGCGGUACUGCCCUGUUUGCAGCAUUCGAGUGGCGGGGUGCGGGAGGCGGCAAGCCGCCUUUUCGCCAAAUUGCUCCUGCUUUCUCCAACCAGUUCAAGUUCCUACAUGGAGGCUUUAAAACCGGCACAGAAGAGCUUGGUAGAACAACAACUGGCGGCCCUGAACGCGUCCGCGACAGGGAUGGAAGGCAAGCACGAAACGAGACCCACUUCUGCACUUCACCCUAGCGGGGUUCUGGACGAAGGUGAGGCGCAUUUGAUAGAACGCGGACCCCGACCGAACUCUGGCGUGCGCAGCGCUUAUCGUGCCGCAAAGACUUGCCAGUUCUGUGGGGAGUUUGAUGCGAGCUUUUCAGAGGCGGCGCUUGAUAUUCACUUCAUUCGUGCAUGCCCAAUGCUUUGCCCGUGCCCUCUCUGCGACCAGGUGACGGAGAUUGCCACCCUGCAGCAACACCUUACCACCGAGUGCGAGAACAGGCAGUUAGUGCGCGAGUGCCCCAUUUGCAGGGAGGCAGUGAGGGUAGAGGACAUUAAGAAGCACAUCGAGGCGAAGCGGUGCAUCAAGGCUGUGCCAACUCACAGUGUUUGUCCACUGUGUCACGCGCGAUUUCUGGCGGGGUCGGCGGGUUGGGUGGCACACUUGGCCUCGCCCCCCGGUUGCCCAAAUAACCCGAGAAAGUACGACGGCUCAGGGCCCAUAGCGGGAUGA